UUAUUUAUUUAUUUUUUUAUGUAACUCACUUUCGCUCGUCCGGCCACGAUGGCUGAUAAAAUCGCCUCGUUAGUGUUUAGAUUGUGUUUUUUAUAGUCAACAGAUCGCUGAGGAAGACGAAGAAGCAGAAGAAGCAGAAGAAGCAGCAGCAUGUCGCUGGAGGAGAAGCGGAGCGGAGCCCGGGCUCCGGAGGAGGAGGAGGCCCGGGCAGCGGACUUCUUCAUACCGGUACAAAGCGAGGGCGAGUGGGGGGAGGACUCCAGCAUGGAGCCGCGCAACGUGAUCCUGCGUAAGGCGGACGCUCUGGCCGCCCAGGACCGCCUGAAAGAGGCGAUAGAGGUGUUCUGCACGGCGCUGAGGCUCGAGCCGGUCCGGCCGGAGCAGCUGGGCACCCUGGUGGACUGCAUUGUGCGCGGUUACAGGAGGAAAGCGGGGGAGAGCGGAGCGGUGCUGCUCUCUCACAGCCCCCGGGGCGGCCAGGACAGGGACCCGGGCUGUGCGUUCGACUGCCCCGGCUGUCACAGGUUCAUAGGGGAGCCCGUCACGGUGGCGUGUGGGCACUCGUACUGCAGGGGCUGUUUACACAGCGCGCUGGCGCCCAGGUGCCAGGUGUGCGGCGAGGACAUGGACGUCAUUAAACCCGGAGAACCCAAACCCAACGUGGUUCUGAGUGCGCUGCUGGAGAAGUGGUUCCCGGAGGAGGUGAGGAGAGCUAGGAGGGUCGGGGAAGCUGAGGCUCUGCUGAGGGGCAGACAUUUAGACCAGGCUGCUGCACUGGCCAGUGAGCUGUUAGAGUCUGACCCCAAUAAUGUCAGACUGCGAGUGUGUCGAGCGGAGGUUUAUCGGAGUCUGCGGCUCUAUCACCAAUCGCUGGAUGACUGGGAUAUGUGUGUCAGCAUCUCUCCGUCUCUAGAGGGUUAUUACUGUAAGGCGAAGGUGCUGCAGGAGAUGGGUAGAGUGGAUGAGUCUCUGCAGCUUUUCCUGCAGUGUCUGGCUGUGGACGAGAACUUCCAGCAGGCCAAACAAGAAGUGGAGAAGAUCCUGCAUGACCUGCUGUCACCGGCGUGCGACAACACGCAAGCCAGUCUGAGGGAAACUGACCCAUCAGCCCACCUGCACAGUAAAGCCACUGGGUUAGACGCUCAGAUGAACACAAUCACCCACCCUGCUUUCUUUGACUCACCACCCGAGUCCAGUGAGCUGUCCUCUGGUCAGAAGUUUGGCCGGUCGGAGAGUUUGGAGAGGUCAGGUUUGAGCCGAGCUCACUCCCUGAGGGCGCACCCACUUGGCGGUGCCAGGGAGGAGGGGCUAAAGAGGGUAUGCUCUGCCCCACAGCUAGGUGACCAGGAGAAGGGGGCUUUACUGAAAAGGAAAUUGUCCGGCUCAGAGGGGGGGCCAAGCAUGGUCAACACACACAGCAGCAAACACAAAAAACAAGGAGCAAUGGCCUCCGCAGCCCUGGUGGUCAGCGAGGAAACUGAACCCAGUUGGACUGUGCCGAGGGACCUGCUGGACCCCAAUGACUUUGAAUGCCCACUGUGUAUGAGACUGUUCUAUGAGCCGGUGACGACACCUUGUGGACACACAUUCUGUAAAAACUGUCUGGAACGCUGCCUGGACCACAGCCCACAGUGUCCACUCUGUAAAGACAGCCUCAAAAUGUAUCUUGCCUCUAGGAAGUAUGCUAUCACACAAGUUCUAGACAACAUUAUUAAGCAGAACCUGUCUGAAGAACAUGCUGGGAGGCAAAAGCUUCACACUGAGGAAACUAAAGAGCUGUCAGAUCUGCAGAAGAACGUUCCUAUCUUCGUGUGCACUAUGGCCUACCCCACUGUGCCUUGCCCGCUGCACGUGUUUGAGCCGCGUUACCGCCUGAUGAUCCGCCGCUGCAUGGAGACGGGAACGCGCCAGUUUGGCAUGUGCAUCAACGACGUCCAGAAAGGCUUUGCCGAUUACGGCUGCAUGCUCCACAUUCGGAGCAUCCACUUCCUGCCAGACGGCCGUUCUGUGGUCGACACCGUAGGAGGGAAACGGUUCAGGGUUUUGAGCCGCAACAUGAGGGAUGGAUACUGCACCGCUAACAUAGAAUACCUGCAGGACCAGCGGGUAGUAGAUGAGGAUGAGCUGGACCGUCUGCAGGAUCUGUACGAUCAGGUUUAUAAUCAGGCCAAGGUUUGGUUCCACACGCUGGAGAACCGAUUCAGAAACCAGAUCCUACAGCACUUCGGCCAGAUGCCAGACAGAGAGGCUGAUAUACAGGCGACCCCGAACGGUCCGGCGUGUUGCUGGUGGCUGCUGGCCGUUCUGCCGGUGGACCCUCGCUAUCAGCUCUCUCUGCUCUCCAUGACCACCCUGAAAGAGAGACUCGUCAAAAUACAGCACAUCCUCACCUACCUGCAGAACACACACACCGAGUAGAGCUCACACACUCGCCUGCGCACACACCCAGCGCUGUGCAAAAGUUUUAGACCCCUGAGAAAAUCCGAGGAGGCUGUUUGUCUGGGCUGUCAGUGUUUAUCUGCUAUGAAAACACUAAUAUCAGCAUAAAUGUGAAUAACUUAAUAUGAUCAGCAGCUGUUUCAUGUGUGUCAGUGUGUUUCCGUGAGGAAGCUUGGGAAGCUGGCAUCGGUGUGAAACGUUAAGCUGCGUUCACAAGACAUUAACGACGACGUCGUGCAGAAACAGUCGACUUUUUUCCGCUUGGAAAUUUUUCAUAUUUUACAUCAGACGGCUUCACUAUAGUGAGGCGAGAUACGUUUGGAGUUUUUGUGCCAAAAGUGUCAAAUAAAAUAAUAAAUCCAUAAGCAAACAUCAACGAAAACAUCCGAAGCAUCCAAACGGGUUAGUGGGGGGGAGGUGUAGCCUAUCCCAGCGGUCAUCAGGCGGAAGGCAGGAUACACCCUGGACAGGUCGCCAGUCCAUCGCAGGGCAUGAGAGUUAAAUCAGAAUUCCUGACGCCCAUUUUCACUCGUUUUAAAUAGAAAUAUGGGCUCUGUCUU